AUGAGAAACCUAAAAGAAUUAACAGACCUGGAUGGACCUGUUAUACUGCGCCUCUUACGACCAAGUCAAUUGGAGAUGAGCCAACCGUAUUGGAGUUGGGGAUCAGAUGUUCCUGAAUGUGAUGCACCCAGUGUAGGUCCGCAGGUAUGUAAGGACCUUGAUGAGUUAAACUCUAUUGUGCAGCAGUUGAGGAAUAAGGUUGCAGUAUUGGACCGUGAGAAGGGUAAGCUAGAGGAGAGAGUUUUAUGCUUGGAAAAGUGUACCAGUCAUGCAGACGCGAGGAAGAUUGGGGAUGCUGGAGCGGAGAGGAAUAAGACUAAGGAUGCUGGAGAGGAGAGGAAUAAGACUGAGGAUGGUGGAGAGGAGAGUCAGAAGACUGAGGAUGGAGGAGAGGAGAGUGAUAAAACUGAGAAUGGUGGAGUAGCCGAAUCGAGAGAGCAGUGUGUACAAAAUGGUAAAGAAGAAGUGCAAUAUACACCCCCGGAUAUAAAUUGGGAUGAUCCGGGUGUGGUGUGUGUCACCCUUGUUAAAUUUCUUACGAAUCCUCCUCAAAAGAUUGACAUGUCCACUGCUGAGGGUGAAUGUGGCGAAGAUGUUAUAGUUGGGGUCUGGCAAAAGAGGGGUCGGGGAAAGAGUGAGAUUCUUGGCCCUGCGAUGAAGAGGCGAAGGGCAGUGGUGAGGGAAACUCCAUGGAUAUGUCGGGAGAUUCCCAAUAUUUCGGAGGACACAAUUGCUGACUCCCUCAGGCCUGAUCCUCGUGAUACCCUUUUGGAGGUUGCGAAAUUCUGUUGGGAAUGGGGACAAGAAGAAAAUUCACAUGUGCGGUUAUGUGGAGAAGAUGGUAUGGAAGGUUCGCAUAACUUCUUUGUUCUAUUGCUGACCAAGGAUGGUUGGUUGGAUGACUCGAACAUAGACAUGGCCUUGCUUUUGCUACGGGAGCGGCACAAGAGGUCUGGCAACUGGGUAGGUUCUGACUGGACGAUACUGGACACCACUUUUCAGGUAUCCGUUAUGAUGCAUAUCUCAUGUGCCACUAUGCAGAAAUGUGCUGCCUUGGAUUACAAGCAAAUGAAGGCGUAUGUGGGAAAGGAGGACAGGCAGCACAACAAGGGUCUACUGGGAAUGGUCAAGGGCGAAGGGCCUAAGUUGGCUAAAUCAUGGUCGUCUGUGAAUCGUAACUCAAGCCAUCCAACGGGCCGUGCAGCCGGGGGCGAAAAUGCUGCCCCGGUUGUUAAAGGAAUCUGGAUAUAUUGGCGACGGUCUACUUCUGAAAACAAGUGGCCAGUUAUUCGCGUCAUGGAUGCACCCCAACAAGUAGGCGGGGGCGACUGUGGGAUGUACAUCCUCAAAUACUGCGAGUUUCUGACCUCGAAUGUAGACCUGGCCAAGAUUUCCCAUGAUGCCAUGCCCUUCUAUCGGUUGAAGCUCGCUGUACAGUUGUUGCAAGGAUAUUAG